UUACAUUUUAUCAAUCAACAACAACGACAACUCGCCCUUCGACGCGCUACUAACUAUUCACCUCUUCUUAUAUUUGCAUGUCCUAUUCAUUUUAAUAUUGUGUAGCAUUUGCUACUUCUUGUAAUGGAAUACCAAGAAGAAAACGAAAACCAGGUAUGAAUUUUAUGUCAAUAAACAAAUCCUUGGAUGGACAACUGAUCAGGAACUUUCCUCAUUAAAUAGUAUCAGCGCACGUCGCAAGCCAAACUUACAAUGAGUGCCAUUCCUUCUCUAGGAAAGCCUCUAGCAGAAAUCACAGACUCUCAUGGCAAUGUCCGAUCACGACUCCCCUCGAAGAUGCCGCAACCAACAACUUUGAAGCGUCAAAGUGACAAGUCAAACAAUGAACCGGCACCUAAACGCAAGACUCUUGCUGAAAGAGCUGGAGAACCUGUAACUACAAUGACUCGAACACCAUCUGUACGGAAGCCAUCAGUGAAGGGUACUUCUAUAGUAGACGUGAGUCUGGCUUCGUCUUAAUCGGAAACAUUCAUUGACACAUAGCAGAUCAAGAACAGUUUCUCUCAACCACGAAAUACGUCCUAUGCUUCUUCAGUGUCAUCCCGAACACCUUCAGUAUCUUCGCGUCACACAUCAAGUAGCAGUUUCUCACAAAGUGUCGGACCUGGAAGACCAAGGUCAGCUUACGGCUCACGCCCACCCUCGUACAGUCAAUCUACAACAUCAAGGCCAAAUACAUCUCAAUCCAAGGGUCAGCCCAACGCCUCGAAGGACUCAACAUCUUCAGAUGAUGACGGUAUGCCACCCCCAGGAGGAAGACGAAAGCCUAUGCUCCCAGUACCUGUUACAUCUUUCAAUCAAUUCAAUGGGGACUCCGGUUUGGAAGUCAUGAAAGUCAGAGAUCAUCAUUCAAUCAAUUCAAUGAGAUCUCCACGCUCCGAGGAAAACCUACGUGAUCUAUCCGUUAGUACGGCAUUGAGUAGGCUUCACAUCAAUGACGAGCAGACUAAUCCAUCCGCGGAAUAUGACCUGAUUUCAUCUCCAAGGAAGCCUUUUCGCCUUCGACACAAAUUUUCCCAAAGCGUAGGAGCUCGGAGUAUGAGAGUAGACAAUGAAGAAGCCGCACUUGUUCUAUAUCAGGCACCGGAUUAUAGCUCAGUAGCUCCGAAGACGCCUUCUCAAAUCCCUGUCCUUGCUAAGUCGGAAUUUCUCACUUCUACACCUGUUACUCCUUGCAAAAAUUCCAAAUUUUCCCCUAAGAAAACUCCAUAUUUAUCAAAAGAUUCUAAUGUUCCUGCUUUGGUAGCGUUUGAUGUACGUGGUCGUCUCGAAUCAAUGGAAGUAAUGUAUGCCAGGCUCGCGUCAACAGUCGAUGGCACAGGCAAAGAUCAUGAUGCACUUAGAAAUGCAGUCAGUGAAUACAAAUCUAAACGCAAGUAGCAUUUCGAAUCUAUGGAUUGAAUACUGGCUAAUCUGUUCCUAUAUGACAGUCGACGAACUUGAAGGGCUCCGAACACAUCUUUCGUCUUCCAACCAGACCCUCCAAGCUAACCUAGAUGAUACAACCCAGAGGCUAAACAUGAUACAGCAGAAAUUACUCGAAACGACAAACACCCUGGAUGACAACAUUCGAGCGCACCGCCUCGAGUUGGACGACGUGAAUCGAAACCAUCGCAACGAGACUGAUAAAAUGAGACGUGACAACAUAGAUGAGAUUGACCGAAUCAUUCGUACUCACAGAAAUGAUAUGCUUGAGCAAGAACGAAAGGCAGCUAUCGAACUUGACGACCGAGUCCGAAUUCUUGAGCGCCAAAACGAUGUAAAAUUGGAGGAGGAGAGAAAUCGAAGAUUACGCGAGGUUGAAGAGCUCGAAAGCCAAGUUUUCACGGGACACCAAGGCCUAAACCUUGCGUUGCAGAUGAAGGAGCAAGAGCUCCAGACUCUAAAAAUGGAGCUUGAAGUGUUGAAGGCAAAUCUUGAUCGAGAAAAAGAGUUGAAGGAAAAUGCUCUAAACACUAUCAAGGAGGUGCAGCAAACCAUGCAAAAGACUGGCGUGGAAACAUCGGCAACAAUUGGUACACUGGAAAGCACGGUUGCCAGUCUCCGCGCAAGAAUUCACUUUUUGGAGUCCGGAAGUAAAGCACAGUCCGAUAGUUUUGUUGAGAUGGAGGGUAGACUUCAGGAAGCUCUCAAUUCGGCAGAGGAGUCCAAAAAGAAAUUAAUCAAGGAAGAGACCCUUCGUCGCAUCCUUUUCAACCAAGUGCAGGAAUUGAAAGGAAACAUUCGAGUCAUGUGCAGAGUACGACCGACAUUUAAGGAGGGUGCGGACGGUGAAUGCGCAAAAAUCUCAUUUCCGGACACUGAUAAAGAGUCAAAGGAGUUAACAAUUAUUGGCAAGGAGAAGAAGAGCAAUUUUGGAAAGGUCUCAACAGAAACUCAUGCAUUCUCCUUCGACAGAGUGUUUGGACCAACAAGUCAAAACCAAGAGGUUUUUGAGGAAAUUUCUCAAUUAAUCCAAAGUGCUUUGGAUGGAUACAACGUUUGCAUAUUUGCCUAUGGUCAGACAGGUGCUGGAAAAACACACACAAUGUCAUCUGCCGAUGGUAUGAUUCCUAGGGCCACUCAUCAGAUCUAUGAGACCGCUGAAUGUCUCAAGGAGAAAGGAUGGACUUAUACGAUGGAAGGUAGCUUUGUUGAAGUCUACAACGAAGAGAUCCAUGAUUUGCUCGGAAGCUCUAAAGACCUCGACAAAAAGAAACACGAGGUUCGCCACGAUGAUAAGAAGAAGCAAACCACCGUUACUGGAUUAGAGACAGUGCUUUUGGAUUCACCAAAUGCUGUGGAAUCAAUUCUCAAGCAGGCAGACAAAAACCGUAGCGUUGCUGCCACUAAAUCUAACGAAAGAUCAUCGCGAUCACAUUCCGUCUUUAUCUUGAAACUUGUUGGACGAAAUAGCUCUACAAACGAGACCUCCGAAGGCACUCUCAACUUAGUAGAUUUGGCUGGUUCCGAAAGACUCAAGGCAUCUGGUGCUGAAGGAGAUCGAAUGAAGGAGACUCAGAAUAUCAAUAAGAGUUUGAGUUGUCUAGGUGAUGUUAUUGGAGCGUUGGGAUCAGGAAAAGAGGGAGCACAUAUUCCCUAUCGGAAUUCGAAGUUGACCUAUCUCUUACAAUAUUCUCUUGGAGGUAAUUCAAAGACACUCAUGUUCGUCAUGGCAAGUCCAUUGGAAGCUCACUUGGGCGAAACUUUGACGAGUUUAAAAUUUGCGACAAAGGUAAGCCUCUACACAUCCCAUAUAAUCUUCAAAAACUAACAACUAUACCAGGUUCAUAACACACAUAUCGGCACAGCUAAGAAGUCAACUAAAGUCCGAGAUUAAGUAAUUGUGUAACGUGAGAACAUUACAAUUGCAAAAGAUACCACUGAUUUUGCGUUUCUGUUUUUGUGGCGUUUCAUUUUGCAUACUUGGUAGAGGAUAACUACUAGGAGCCAUAGGACAAAUGCUCAUUUCCAUAUGGCUUGGAGCGUAAUUGGGGUCUGGCGUUACUUUUGGUUGAUGGCGUGAUGUAGAUGGAUAGGAUGGAGAGGGGCUUUUUCCUGUCUGAGUUGUAUACUUCUUUGGUGUUUGGUUCAUGAAUGAAUGAGUGAAAUGGUGAAGGGAGACGCAGGUGGAUAUGGAGGUGAAUUGUAUUUCAAAUCUGCAUAUAUUCUUGAGAGAAGUUGAGUGCUAUGACGUAGAACAAAAGAAAUUUUACUAUGAUUAUGACUGACCGG